AUGUUUCAUCCAGUCCUGUCAGAAUUCGAUAUCGUUUUUGCUGGAGGUGGUACUACAGCCUGUGUUGUCGCGGGUCGCUUAGCUGCAUAUGAUCCCUCGUUGAGAAUCUUGAUUCUGGAAGCAGGUCAACACAGCCUCAAUAAACCUAUUCAUGUGCAACCCUUCCGAUCUCGCUUCAACCAUGUACCCACGAGCACCACAGUCACAUUCAACAUCGGAAAUCCAUCUCCUCGUCUCAACGGUCGUGUACCAAUCGUUCCCUGCGGUCGUUGCGUCGGUGGAGGCUCAUGUGUGAAUUCUAUGAUAUACACUCGUGCACCAGCUUCGGACUAUGAUGAUUGGGGAGUCAAUGGUUGGGAAUCUGAGAAUUUGAUUCCCCUUAUGAAGAAGCUGGAGACAUAUGAGGUGCAGCCCGAUCGUCCAACUCACGGUUAUGACGGACCUAUCAAAGUGUCCUCUGGUGGGUGUAAAGUGGGUAUCUCCGACGAGUUCAUCCAGGUUGGCACGACCUAUCACAAGAGGCAGUAUGCCGAUGAUACCGAUGAUUUAGAAACAUGCAAUACAUACAGUCCAUGUCAGAAGUACAUUGACGGGACAACGGGAAGGCGUUCAGACACCGCUCACCACUAUGUCUACAACCAAGCUCACAACCCGAAUUUACACGUCUGGGAUGGAAAGCGCGUCAAACGCAUCAUCUUCGAAGGCAAGCGUGCUGUAGGUGUUGAGUUCAUCAACGACCCAGUGUCCUGCCCAGAUGCGGAUCAGUCGUCAAGUAUUGCGAGAGCAUCGAAACUUGUUAUUAUUUCUGCUGGGGCGUUCGGUUCCCCGACCAUUUUGGAGAGGUCUGGGAUUGGUGCCGAGGCAAUCCUCAAGCGAUGCGGUAUUGAGCAAGUGGUGAAUUUGCCUGGCGUCGGAGAAAAUUAUCAAGAUCACAAUCUCGUCUUCGUUCCAUACUUGGCUGCUGACGAGGCUGUUACCAUGGACCCCCUCUGGCGUGGGGAGAGUACUAUUCUACAGGGUAAGCAUAUUCUCACUACGAUUGCAGCACUUUACAACUACCCAAAUGUAGAAAGUCUUGCGCAAUGGAACAGCAGCGGCAAGUCAUUGAUUGCACAAAAUGGCCUCGAUUCAAAAAUCAAGUGGCGUCCUGAUGACGAGGAAUUGAAAGCCAUGGAUCCAGCUUUUCAACCACGCUGGAAGGAGUUCUUCCAGGACCGCCUAGACAAGGCUGUUGCAAUAUUUGCUAUCUUUUCAGGAUAUGUUCAACCGCUCUCGAGGCCGCUCUCGAGUACCCUUCCUCCUCGCAAUUACAUGAGUGCCGCUUAUUAUACACUCUACCCCGCGUCUGUCGGAAGUGUUCAUAUCAACGUGACAGAGAACGGCAAAGAAGGAAUGGACUUUACAACUGGUUUCCUAGAUGAUCCAUCCGAUAUUGGUCCUCUUAACUUCGCGUACAAAAAGACACGCGAAAUUUUUCGACGCAUGGCUUCCUACCGAGGUGAAGUCACGACCGGUCAUCCUGAUUUCCCAGAGGGAAGCGCUGCAGGUUGCAGAGAAGCCUCCGAACCAGUGGACUUGAAUGCGCCUGACAUCUUCUACACUACCGAAGAUGACGAGGCGAUCGAUCGAUUCCACCGUGACAUCGUACAAACGACAUAUCACUCGCUUGGGACCUGUGCCAUGAAACCGGAGGCAGAUCAAGGAGUAGUCGAUGCUCGGCUAAAUGUAUACGGCGUGUCGAACCUGAAAGUUGCAGAUAUGUCUAUUUCGCCAUUGAACGUUGGCACGAACACGUACUCGACGGCACUUCUCAUCGGAGAGCGGGCUGCGAUGAUCAUUGCUGAAGACUUGGGCAUCAAUUGCAUUUGA